UACAUAAUUUGCCUGAUGACUUGGAGUAUAAACCUCCCUCUCCAUUAUUGUACAUGGAAGGACUAUCAUGGGAUUACCAGCCAUCGAUUAAUUUGGUAGAGAAGUUGCAAUGUUCUGUAGUUGAAUACUAUCACACAUAUAAAACAACAAAGUUAGACAAAUCGAAUACCCCACUUUAUUUUAUGGCCUCUAGUGCUGGAAGAGGAAAAUCUCGAAAUGCAACUGAAUUAUCUAAGAUUUUGUGCAGUUUAUUUGUUGAUGAUCAGAAGCUGCAAGAGCUGAAGGAACGUCUUGAUAAUGCUAUGGUCUUCAAUCUUUCAUUUGAGAAUGGCACUGCAAUUGAUCUGAAUGUGGAGAAGUCUGCCAGUAAUGCUAUUGGCAAGCGAAUGUUGUUUCAACUCAUGGAAUCUGAGAAUUGGCUUGAAGUACGUGAUAAAUAUAAGGAAAUUGCACCAAUUGAUGUGUUACAGAGGAUUUCUAAGGGCAUGAAAUUUAAUGAUCUAACUGUCAUUAUUAUUAUUGAUGGAUUGCAAAUGGCAAUGAUAACACCAAAUGAUGGAAAGGACAAGUCUUCCUUAUUUUAUUCCUGUAUGACUGAAUUAUCUCUUCUUGCUUAUAUGGGUCCAUUUGUCAUUAAUUGUUGCACAGCAACUUUCAGUCGCCCUUUCCAUGAAGUUGUUGCAUAUUCACAUCAAAAAAUCUAUCUUCCUAUACACUCUUUAAACCCUCCACAAAGACAAGGAAAGCCCGUUUUUGCAAACAAACCUCUUCUAAAUAUGCUUGUUAAUGACAUGGGCGGGCAUGGUAGAGCUCUAGAGGCACUUGAGAUAGCCAUCAAAGGUAAAGACUUGGAUAAUUGCAACUUUGCAGAAUUAAUGAAUGAGAUACGUGUGAGACUUGUUGACCGUUAUAGUGAAUGGGUUUGUAAGAGCAUCUAUUUAAAACCAGUCCUUCAGAUAAUAUUGUCACAGAAAACUAUACAUGAGAAUUUCAUCAUCCCUGAAACAGAAAUCAGAAUUGCAGAACUCUCACAAUUGGGACUGGUUCAGUUUAUGAAUGAUGAGGGAGAAACCGAUCAAGGACGAUUGUCUUGUCCUUACAUAUGGAUUUGGAUAAUGGCAAACAAGUCAGAUGAUCCUAUUCUUAGUAAUUGGAAUUUCCAAUACUAUCAAGAAUGUCAAAGUAUGGAUGAACUGACUGUUCCAUCAGGAUACCAAUAUUGGCAACAUUUUGAAGAUUUCAUUUCUAGGUUUCGUGUACUCAAAUCACAGCUGUAUGGUUAUGGGGACAAUGUUCUGUUGGAAGAGCUUCACAAAGGAGCAAAACAUAAUUUUUACAAUUUAACAAUCACAAAUAAGCCAUUAUUACUUGAAAAGGCUGUCAACAAAGUAAGCACCAAAUCAAGUGAUAGUACCACAAAUGUAAUGUGUGAAAACGGUAAUGUGAAAAUUAAAGAAGCCUUGCACUGUAUUAUCAAUGCUACUGGAGCUCUGUCCGGUGACUGUUUCUGUCCUAUUUAUUUCACUGGCACAUCACAGCUUUGUUUUGAAAGUUACCAAUGUAAGCUUUUGAAAAAUGCUUCAAUAGAUCAGAAAGAAUUUAAUGUAGAGUAUGAAAAAGCAGCAUGUGAUCAGGAUAUUUUCAUCUUAUUUACACAUGGGUCAUCUAAUAUUGUUCAGCUUCCAUUAAGUGCUAGCUUUUCCCAUUUGACAGCAAUUACUGGUAUAGGUGUAAAAUUUGCUUCAAAAAUAAUUGAAGAGAGAAACAAACGUAAAUUUGAUAACAUUACUGAUGCUAUUACCAG